AUGGACCUCCGAGCAGGGGACUCGUGGGGGAUGUUAGCUUGCCUAUGCACAGUGCUGUGGCACCUACCUGCAGUGCCAGCUCUUAAUCGCACAGGAGAUCCAGGGCCUGGCCCCUCCAUCCAGAAAACCUAUGACCUCACCCGCUACCUGGAGCACCAACUCCGCAGCUUGGCUGGGACCUAUCUGAACUACCUGGGGCCCCCUUUCAACGAGCCUGACUUCAAUCCUCCUCGGUUGGGGGCAGAGACCCUGCCCAGGGCCACUGUCAACUUGGAAGUGUGGCGAAGCCUCAAUGACAAACUGCGGCUGACCCAGAACUAUGAGGCCUACAGCCACCUCCUGUGUUAUUUGCGCGGCCUCAACCGUCAAGCUGCCACAGCUGAACUGCGGCGCAGCCUGGCCCAUUUCUGUACCAGUCUCCAGGGCCUGCUGGGCAGCAUUGCAGGAGUCAUGGCAGCUCUUGGCUACCCACUGCCCCAGCCUCUGCCAGGGACUGAGCCAGCCUGGGCCCCUGGCCCUGCCCACAGUGACUUCCUCCAAAAGAUGGAUGACUUCUGGCUGCUGAAGGAGCUGCAGACCUGGCUGUGGCGCUCAGCCAAGGACUUCAACCGGCUUAAGAAGAAGAUGCAGCCUCCGGCAGCUUCGGUCACCCUGCACUUGGAGGCCCAUGGCUUCUGAUCUCUGACCCUUAGCUC